AUGGCUUACAAUAAACCAACAAGCGGAGCCAUGAAGAGGUCUGCCUCGGUUCUCGAAGGACCCCCCAUAUGGGGUGAUGUUCCUCCAAUGAUGACCAACUCCCGCUCAUCGUUCCCUCCUCCUUGUGUUCACUUUGCCAUUAUUUACCUUGACGGUGACGGUAAACUUAAGGUUGAUGAAUCAUCUUCUAUUCAAGAGCAAAACUUGACUGUGUUCACCCCAGAAGUUCGCCAGAACUUCCUCGAGAUUCUGGGUGAACGUAUCGGCUACCGUGCCCCUGCUCGCCAGACAAUGGACACAUCUCCUCGUCGGGUGAGACGUCGCAAGGGCAACGCUCCUGCUAUUUCUGUCUGUGAUGACCGCAUGACUGAGCAGGAUUCUGAUAGCGAGGACCUCCCUAGCUCUACCGAAAUGGUUCCUCUCCGCAUUGGAGAUGCCCAAAAGGUCAUGGGCUAUUACGAAGGUGCCCUAAAGCACUUCCAACAGCUGAACUGCCGUAUGGUUGCCAAAGCAUUCAUCAAAUUCAUCGAGCCUCGCAAGCAGGUUCGACACCCUUACAAUGGUGGCAAGGCACCACCAGGAUCCGCCCCCGGUACUACUGGUGACCCAGAAAAGACCAAGCCCGAGUGGUGGCCUCCUGGUGUCAUGCACAAGGAGCCCGACCACUUGAGAAAAGAGCAACGCAUUGAGCUCUUGCUUCACAUUAUCCGCAAGCUCGGCUCUUACGGCAUUACUGCCGAUAAGCUUAAGGAUGUUGCUGGUGAUACCAAGCGGAGCUUGAAGCACGCAUCCCAUGUCGAGAUCAUUUACGAGAUCCUCCGGGUCCGAAGGAUGGAGGAGCGUUUCGAAAGAGGUGAAAUCGGCGCCAACAUGGUCGUCUACACGAUGAUCCGCAGCCAUAAUCCUAAGGGUGAUGAAGAAGACGACUCCGCCACCUCAGUGGCUAUCGAGAAGCCCGAGCACAUCAGCCAUGGAUUAAUGAACCCCACCUCACCAUUUGAGCAAGCAUCUACCUCCUUAACCACACCUAUCGACAAUAUCCCAUCAGACCGCUACCUCCCAGGCAGGUUCUCUAUGGCGGAGCCUCUCAACUUCGAAAAUCCCGCCUGCCAAGGUCGCCACUACUACGCCACACCUCCCCAAUGCUCCGAUUCAUUGUCGCAGCCCAUGCUCAGCACUCCCAUGGCAGCAGAGAACAUCAGCCCCCAUGACGUCUCGGUCUCAGCUUUCGACUACUCCGCUCACAACACCUACCCAAACUCUACUCCAGGAGUAAGCGGUAACUACGAUACCUGGACGCCGCCUUUCCGCAAUAACAUCUUCAACCCUGUCGACUAUGCUACACCGGCAUUUAGCCAGUGUACGCCCCAGCCGUUAAUGAACCAGAUUCCCACGGUAUUGCACGUGCAGCACAUGGCCCAUCUCCAUCCCCAGCUGCCAGACAUGGACUCCAUCCACCGGACCUCUCUCUCUGUCCGCAUGGGAUCGCUGGGCCACCCGCGUUCUAACCGGAUGCUGUCUCCCACACCGUCUAGAUGA